AGAAAAGAGGAUUUACAAUCCAUUUCGACGGGAAGAGCUUUGCAUGGAGGGAGAGGAAGAAAAGUGUUUGCAAAACAGAGAUUUGUUCCUCCAAGUCAGUCUUGACUCCUGGACAGUUUCCUGCAUAUUUCGUGGCCCCGUUUUCCGAAGGGGUUUCCCUCCCUCCCCCUUUUUAUAAGGGCCGAGAGAAGCGAGCGGUCGGAGUCCCUCCUGCUGGCUUUGCAUGCAAGGCUUCAACUCCGUGUGUAAGGAGUUGGGUGCAAGGGGUGCAAGGACUUGUUCUUAACUAUGCAGCCGUAGAAAUGCUAUUAAACUGUCUUUUAAAUUAUACUGUAUUAAAUUAUGAUUAGCCAGAGAGACCCUUUGGCUCAGUGAUGAAAGCACAAGGCUUUGAAACCAGGAGAUUAACUUCUAGUCCAACCUUUGGCAUGAAAGCCUUCAGCCCAUCCCAGUUCUCAGCCCAAUCUACUUCACAGGGCUGUUGUUGGGGGGGAAACAGUAAGAAGGAGCAUUAUGUAUAAUCUCUGCCUAGAGUAAUUUACAAAAGUAAUACAGAAGACAUAAGAAUAAAAACUAAAUUUUUUAUAGAAACUAGGAAGUAGAAAUCAAAUACUCAUUUAAAUGUAUUUUUCCAAUAUUUUGAUAGACAUUGAUCCUGAAGGGUUCAAGGCAAAUUUCCCCAGAUGUAGAGAGAGCAAGCUGGCUAAUAAGAUUUCCCCUCAAACCUUGAAAUGCACGGAAGCUGUGACUGAGUAUCCCAAGAACAGGAAAAAUUCAUUCAAAUGUUCUCAAGAGCUGCUGUUCAUGGAGACCUUACACAAAGAUCAAACUCAGGACACCACUCCAGAGAGUAGAAAGCUGUCCUUGGAGUUUUUAGAAUCACCUCUUUCUGAUGAAGUUGAAGGAUUAGCUGAACCGCUACUUCAGGAUGUUGUGUCUUUUGAGGAAGUGGCCGUGUAUUUCUCCAAGGAGGAGUGGUCUCAACUGGAUGCUGACCAAAGAGAACUCCACAGAGAAGUCAUGCUGGAGAAUUCCAGGAAUCUCUCUCCUCUGGGCUGUAAUAGAGAAGACAAUAAGAAUUGCAAGGAGGAACACCAAGCGAUCCAUUCAAAAGGGAGGAAAAGGAAAUUUGUAGAUCAGAUGAAACCAAAGAGUGAUGAAACAAAGCAAUCACAAAGUGGAGUCAAAAAAGGCCUUCCUCAGGUCAGUUCGCUUCCUAACCAUACAGUGAUCAAUAAGAGAGAAAGACCAUAUAAAUCCAUGGAGUGUACAAAGAGGUUCAAUAUAUCCGAUAAUCUCUUUUCUCAUAAAAAUACACAUUCAGAAGGGAAACGAUUUACCUGCAUGGAGUGUGGAAAGUCCUUUACUCAUAGCAGUCAUCUUAAUUCCCACAAGAGGAUCCACAAAGGAGAACGAACAUAUAAAUGCAUUGAGUGUGGAAAGGGAUUUACUUGUAACAAUACUCUUUAUUACCACAAGAAGAUCCACGCAGGAAAGAAGCCUUAUAAAUGCAUGGAUUGCGGAAAGGCCUUUUAUUUAAGCAGUAGUCUUAAUUCUCACAAAAGGAUCCACACAGGAGAGAGACCUUAUGAAUGCAUUGAGUGUGGAAAGACCUUUACUGCUAUGAGUAGUCUUAAUUCCCACAAGAGGAUCCACAAAAGAGAACAAACAUAUAAAUGCAUUGAGUGUGGAAAGACCUUCUAUUAUUCUGAGUCCCUUAUAAUCCAUCAAAGGAUCCACACAGGAGACAGACCUUAUAAAUGCAUGGAGUGUGGAAAGGGAUUUACUUGUAACAAUAAUCUUUAUCACCACAAGAAGAUCCACACAGGAGAGAAGCCUUAUAAAUGUAGUGAGUGUGGAAAGACAUUUACUCGUAGCCAUUACCUUAAUUCCCACAAGAGGAUCCACACAGGAGAAAGACCUUAUAAAUGUACUGAGUGUGGAAAGACAUUUACUCGUAGCAAUAACCUUGAUACCCACAAGAGGAGCCACACAGGAGAAAGACCUUAUAAAUGCAUGGAGUGUGGAAAGAGCUUUACUUGUAGCCGUCAUCUUCAUCGCCACAAGAGGAGCCACACAAGAUAGAAGUCAAAUAAAGGUCUGCAGCGUGGAGAGGGCUUUUUGUGAGCUUCUUUUUUUUCCAAGUAGUUCUCGUCAUAUGACUGCAAUUGAGGCCAAAAUUUCUGUUGCUAAGCGAGACAGUUAUUGUGUUUUAUGCCAUUUGACGACUUUUCUUGCCACAUUUGUUAAGUGACUCACAAUAGUUGUUAAGUUAGUAAUACUGUUAUGAAGUGAAUCUGGCUUCCCCAUUGGAUUUGCUUGUUAGAAGCUCACAAAAGGUGAUCACAGGAUCCAGGGACUCUGCAACUGUCAUAAAUCAGUUGCCAAGCAUCUGACGUUUGAUCAGGUGACUUUGGGGAUGUUGCAAUGGCCAUAAGUGUGAAAAAUGGUCAUAAGUCACUUUUUUCCAUGCUGCUGUAACUUUGAACAAUCACUAAAUGAACUGUAGUAAAUUGACGACUACCUAUAGUUGUCUAAAAUCUCAUACAAGUACCAUUUGAGUAAUUUAAUUUUUACGUUUUUUUAUAGUGAUUUUUUGAGUGUAUUGUGAGCCGCCCUGGGUCUUCGGAGAGGGGCAUAUAAAUUGAAUAAAUAAAAUAAAACUAAAUAAAUAAUUCAAAUAAAUUGUUUACCUUCUUAGAUAUGCAUUCAUAAAUUGCCUUUCUAGUGCAAACCAGAACACGGUGAAUCCCUAAUCCUGCUUGUGGUUUUUGC